CCUUCUUUCAGCCUCAACGCUCCGGGGAACAUGUCGUACAUCAAGGACUCGGUGGACAAGCUGUUGAACGGCUACGAUAUCCGUCUGCGGCCGGACUUCGGAGGUGCGCCGGUGGCCGUUGGAAUGAGCAUAGACGUGGCGAAUAUAGACAUGGUGUCAGAAGUCAAUAUGGACUACACCUUGACGAUGUACUUCCAGCAGUACUGGAGAGAUAAGAGACUGGCCUAUACUGGGAUCCCUCUCAACCUGACUCUGGACAACCGAGUAGCAGACCAGCUCUGGGUCCCAGACACCUACUUCCUCAAUGACAAGAAGUCCUUCGUUCACGGCGUCACUGUUAAGAACCGGAUGAUUCGACUUCACCCGGACGGAACCGUCCUCUAUGGCCUCAGGAUCACGACGACGGCCGCCUGCAUGAUGGAUCUGAGGAGGUACCCGCUGGACGAGCAGAACUGCACUCUGGAGAUUGAGAGUUACGGCUACACGACAGACGACAUUGAGUUCUACUGGAAAGGAGGCGACGUGGCCGUGACCGGGGUGACGCGCAUCGAGCUCCCCCAGUUCUCCAUCGUGGACUACAAACUGGUCUCCAGGAACGUGGUCUUUUCCACAGGUGCCUACCCUCGACUCUCCCUGAGCUUCAAGCUGAAGCGGAACAUCGGAUACUUCAUCCUGCAGACCUACAUGCCCUCCAUCCUCAUCACCAUCCUGUCCUGGAUAUCGUUCUGGAUCAAUUACGAUGCCUCGGCCGCCAGAGUCGCAUUAGGGAUCACCACUGUCCUGACCAUGACGACCAUCAACACCCAUCUAAGAGAGACUCUGCCCAAGAUCCCCUACGUCAAAGCCAUCGACAUGUACCUGAUGGGCUGCUUUGUGUUCGUCUUCCUUGCCCUGCUGGAGUACGCCUUCGUCAACUACAUGUUUUUCGGAAGAGGUCCUCAGAUGCAGAAGAAGCUAGCUGAGAAGGCCCAGAAGGCCAAUAAUGAGCGGGACAACUUCGAUGGACCGAAGGUCGAGUCCCGGGGGAACAUCCUGCUGACGACCUUGGAGAUCCACAACGAGGUGGGAGGGAACGACAUGGCCACAUCAGAGACCCACAACUCCUCCUCCUCCUCCUCCUCUUCCUCCUCCGUCUUCUCCUCCACGGCGGGGUUCAACCACUCGGGGGUCCAGUACAGGAAGCCGAGUGCCCCGCAGGAGGCGGGUCGCCUCAGUCUGGAGAGGAACGCACAUCCCAAGAAAACGUGUCUGCGCAGACGGUCCUCGCAGCUCAGGAUCAAAAUUCCCGACCUCUCGGACGUGAACACCAUCGACCGCUGGUCCCGCUUCAUCUUCCCCUUCAGCUUCUGCCUCUUCAACACCAUCUACUGGCUCUACUACGUCAACUAG